AUGUUACUCUCCACACUUAUUACUUCUUAUAUGGCGGUCCUCGCAGUCGCAAGCCCCUUGAGACCCCGCUCUAUAAAUGAUGUCGUUGUGAAUGAAGACUCACCUUCCCCUCUAAUUGAAUGGUCAAACACAAAAAGAAUCGCAAGGACCACUGCCGACGAAGGGGAAGGUUCACCUGCCCCAAUAAUCGAGUGGGCUGAUACAAAGAAGACAGCAAGAGCUGUCUCCAACGAGGGAGAGAUAGUACCUACGCCCCUUAUUGAAUAG